CCUUGGCCCCCGCGGUGGGCGGCGGCUGCUCGCACUUUGGUCGCAGCCCGCCGCCUCCUCCGAAGCGCGCGCCCCGCGAGGGCCCCUAAGACGGCAGGCGUUGCCCCUGCCCGGCGCCCGAGGCGGGGCGGGCUGGGCGGGGCCGCCCGGGAGGGAGGGCGGGAGGAGAGCGGGGGGGGGAGGAAAGAUGAGGAAUAAGCGACCGAACGCUCUUGCCAAAAAGCUCGCGGGAUCUACAAGCGAGCACACUGAAUUCAAGACCGUCGUUCCCGCACCGCUGGCAAUACUUAUGCAACAGCCGGGCGUAGAAACAAAUUCAGACCUGAGGGAGCCCGUCCUGACGGCAUGCACCCGAGAGGCGGCGAGGGAUGUCCGACCUCCAGGACCCCACCCCUCGGCCCGCACUCCGGGCCCGCGCCCGCUCGAGAGCGGCCCCCACUGGGACCCCUGCCGGGGUCCACGCCAGGCAGCUCUCCGAGCCGUGUCGGCGUCCAACCGCGGCGGCGAGGGCCCGCAGAAUGCGGCGUCGGUCGACGGCGCCGCCGCCCUGCCCCACCUCGCGCGCGCGCACGCCGCGCGGCCGCCCGCAGGCCGACGCGGCGUCGGCUGCGCGGAGGCGUCACGACGCCGUGCCGCCCACGGCCGCCGCUACGAGGCCGGAUGA